CCUUUGUUGAAGAGAAUGGUGUCAUUACAGGACUCUGUAUCAUUUGAGGAUGUAGCUGUGGACUUCACCUGGGAUGAGUGGCAGGAUCUGGACACUGAACAGAGGACCCUCUACAGAGAUGUGAUGCUGGAGAACUAUAGCAGCCUGCUCUUCUUGGGACAGUGCAUGACCAAACCUGAGUUGAUCUUCAAGCUAGAGCAUGGAUUUGGGCCAUGGAAUGUAGCAGCAGCCUCUGUCCAGAGCCUCCCAGAUGUUCAUAAGGUGACACCCAUGACAGAGGCUAUCUGGAAAAAUGACAAGAGACAUUGGUGGCAGUUUGGAAUCACCAGUGACAAGACAUCCAAUGAAGAGAUUGGUGAAGCAGACCUAAAAGUGCAACAGAAUAUCCAACAGAGACAGUCGUUUGAAGGUAUGGAAUGUACGAAGACAUUUUACCAGAAGUCACAGCAGAGCAGGAAUCAGAUGUCUCACACAUACGAUAGGGAGAUAUCGUAUGAACGUAAAGAAUGCUGGAAUACUUUCUCCUUCAAGUCACAACCCAUUGUACAUCAGGCAAGUCAUACAGGUGUGAAGCCAUAUGAAUAUACAGGUGGGGACCUUUUCUACUAUGAUUCACAACUCUCUCAAAAUCAGACUACUUGUACAGAUGAAAAUACCCAAGAAUGUAUGAAAUGUGGGAAACUUUUCUACAGUCAGUCAAAUAUUGGCGAACAUCAGAAAACACCUACAGGUGUUCCUACAGGUGGGAAGCCAUAUCAAUGUACAGAAUGCAAAAAAGCUCUCUCCUGCAAGUCAAACUUAAUUCAACACCAUAUAAUUCAAAAAGGUGUGAUGCCCUAUCAGUGUAAACAGUGCAAAGCAUUUUUCCAUAGCAAGCCCGAGCUGACUAUGCAUCAGCGAACUCAUACAGUGGAGAAGCCCUAUAAAUGUCCACAAUGUGGGAAAGCCUUCUGCAGCAAGUAUGACCUCACUGUGCAUCAGAGAACUCACACAGGGGAGAAGCCCUAUCAGUGUGAAGAGUGUGGGAAAGCCUUCUGCAGCAAGUCUUACCUCUAUGUGCAUCAAAGAUCUCAUAGAGGGGAGAAGCCCUACAGUUGUAAACAAUGUGGAAAAGCCUUCUACCAAGUGUCUGCUCUCAGGGUGCAUCAAAGAACUCAUACAGGGGAAAAGCCCUAUCAAUGUACAGAAUGUGGAAAAGCCUUCUGCCGUAAGUCUGACCUCACUGUGCAUCAAAGAACUCAUACAGGGGAGAAGCCCUAUGUAUGUAAAGAGUGUGGAAAAACUUUCUCUAGCAAGUCUCCACUCUCUGUGCAUAAAAGAACUCAUACAGGAGAGAAGCCCCACGAAUGCAAACUGUGUGGAAAAGCCUUCCGCCAAAUGUAUGCUCUCAAGGUGCACCAAAGAACUCAUACAGGGGAGAAGCCCUAUAAGUGUAAACAGUGUGGAGAAGCCUUCUCCAGCAAUUUUAGGCUUGCUGUGCAUCAAAGGAGUCAUGCAAGUGAGCAGGCCUAUGAAUGUAAACAAUGUGCAAAGGCCAUCUCCAGCAUGUUGGAGCUCACUGUGCAUCAGGGAAGUAAUGUAGUGGAGAACUCCUAUCAAUGUUCAGAAUGUGGGAAUGCUUUCAACUUCAAGUUAAACCUUAAUAUGUUUCAGAGAGCUCACACAUGGGAGAAGCCCUAUCUAUGUACAAAAUGUGGGAAAGCCUUUUGUAGUAUGUUUGAGCUUGCUAUGCAUCAUAGAAUUCAUAUAGGGGAGAAACCCUAUGAAUGUCAAGAGUGUGGGAAAACCUUCAGCUGCAAGUCCGAGCUUACUAUGCAUCAAAGAACUCAUACAGGGGAGAAGCCCUAUGAAUGUAAGCAGUGUGGGAAAGCUUUCUGCCGCAAGUCUGACCUCACUGUGCAUCAAAGAACUCAUACAGGGGAGAAGCCCUAUGAAUGUAAAGAGUGUGGAAAAGCCUUCUCUAGCAAGUCUCCACUCUCUGUGCAUCAGAGAACACACACAGGUGAGAAACCCUAUGAAUGUAAACUGUGUGGAAAAGCCUUCUGCCAAAUGUCUACUCUCAGCAAGCAUCAAAGAACACAUACAGGGGAGAGACCUUAUGAAUGUAAACAGUGUGGAAAAACAUUCUCUAGGAAGUGUCACCUUACUGUGCAUCAAAGAACUCAUACAGGUGAGAAACCCUAUAAAUGUAAACUGUGUGGAAGAGCUUUCUGCCAAAUGUCUGCUCUCACAUUGCAUCAUAGAACCCACACAGGGGAGAAGCCCUAUCAAUGCACAGAGUGUGGAAAAGCCUUCGGUCGCAAGUCAGAUCUCACUAUACAUCAAAGGACUCAUACAGGGGAGAAGCCCUAUGAAUGUAAACAGUCUGGUCAAACCUUCCCCAGCAACUCUGAUCUCACUGCACAUCUGAGAAUUCAUUCAGAUGAGAAGCCGUAUGAAUGGAACUGUGGAAAAUUCUUCUGCAAAAUGUCUGCUCUCAGGGUGAAUCAACAAACUAAUACAAGUGAGAUAACUGUCAAAGCAGAGUCCGGGAAGGCCUUCUGCAGUUAGCACCUCCUGAUGCACCAAACAUCAUUAAAGUCAGAAACCAUAUGAAUAUACAGAAUACAUAGAGCUCAACAAGUCUGAGCUCACUGCAUCAAAGACUUCAUACAGGUGACAAACCCUAAGAAUGUCAACAGUGUGGACAUUCAGGUGAAAAACUCCAUGAUUUUCAACAGUUUGGAGGCGCCUUCUACAAAAUGUCUGCUUUCCCACAGAAGCCAUACCACAAUAUAACAGAAUAUGAUAAAGUUUUCUUUCCAAGUAUAAAUUCAGUGAGCACCAGGUAACCCAUAGAGUUAGAAGCUGUAUGAAUGAACAGAAUGUUGGAAAUGUUUCUGCUCUAAGAACUCAACAUCAGGGAACUCAAACAUGAGAAUUCUCACAAUUGUAAGCAGUGCAGGAAAUCCUACAUUUAAUUUCUUCUCAGUAUACGCGAGACACAUGAGAACUCACACUGGUGAGAAGACCUUUGGUUCUCAAAAGCAGUGAAAAUCCUGCAAGUCUGCAUUCACAGUUCAUGAGAAAACUUGCAGUUGAAACUCCCUAUAAAUAUAAACAGUGCUGAAAAGUCUACUACUACCAGGCCCACUUCACUCAACAUCAGAGAGCUCAUAAAAGUGUGAAGUCCUUUGAAUGUAUAGAAUGUGGUUUAAAAAGGAAAACACUUUGUCAUGUUUUGUUGCACAUCAGAGUUCACAUAUAGUUGAAAAGUCCUAUCAAUGUGCAGAAUAUAAGAAAUCUUUCUCUUGUAAGUCAGAUCUCAAUUGAUAACAGAUAACUAGAGUCUGGGUUUGGGGGGCCAGGGAUAGAGGGUUGAGAGGAGACAGGAGAUUAAAGAAAAUUUGUGGAGCUGCUGGCAUAUGUAACAUGUUUGAUUUUCUCUGGACAAGUUUCAGAAGCCACUUGGCAGGUAGCCAGUGUGAGAACACAUAUCCUUGGUCCUAGGAAUGUCUUAUAGGAAAACAUAUGAAGGUAGCUUCUUGUCAAAAUUGUUGAUAAAGCACAUUACAUCAAUAUUGUAAUUUUUUGAGGUGUCAGACACUUUGUUCCAAAUCAUUGUGCUGUGGAUGUCUAGUGUUAGCCAUUUUGGACAUGUUGUAUAUCCAUAUCAAGGCCAUGUUGUUUGGAUGUCAACAGGCCCACACAGCCUUGAUUUCCUUCAUUCCGCCUCUUUUACUCAAGAGGUGUUUAUUGGAAUGGGUCACUCAUUGGACCCAUAGUCCAUAGCAACAAUACAGGGAACAACUUCUCAAUAAACAGGCUAUACCUCCUAAGCUUAGGAUGUUCCACUUUAGGGUAGUAGAGGUACUGUCUCAUCACUGUUCUGUCUUGAAUUAAUUGGUAGAUUGUUUGUACCUCAUUAUUUACUCAUCAGGCAGCUGUUACAUUUGUUUUCAUUUUCUGGAAUAUAUUCAUAGCACUUGAUGUGUAACCCAGCACAAGUUCCUUCUUGAGCAGCUGUCAGCAAAUGUAAGGCCUUUCUAUUUUGUAACACGAUUUUCAUCCACCAGAAAUGCCAUAGCCUUAUGAGUCUGGUUGAGUGCAUGUACAGUGUGCUCUGCUAGAGCAUUUUUCUCUAUUUUUACAUCUAUGGUCCCUCACACAGGCAAAAAUACUGCUAGGGUUAUUUCCUAGAAGUAUUAACCACUGUGGGAAGAUCUUUGCAUUCUGAGAGGAUGUAGGCUACUUUUUUUUAAAUCCUGUGUUAGGAUGGUGGAUACUAGUGGCUUUUCUCCUGUAUGAUACCAUACAGUCUUUCCCAGGACUUGGGUAAGAGAUUGCCCGUGUAUUACUGUGACUAGCAGGUGCUAAAUGAACCAUAUUGCUGCCACUAAAGCAUCUUACAGAACCAUGUCAGGGUGACCCAGAGCCCAGAGUCAAUGGUGAAAGUACUUGGCCUCUUAAAAAAAUUUUGGGGUUGGGGAUUUAGCUCAGUGGCCCUGGGUUUGGUUCUCAGCUCCGAAAAAAAAAUUGAAAAUAUAUUAGCAUUGUUUUCUUUAAGAAGUAAUGUGG